UUUUCUUCUCAACAAUUAUUAUUUAAUCAACUUAAAAACGUUAAAAAUAUUGCUAAUAUUGAGCUAAUAAGUCUUAAAAAGAUUAAAUUAGACAAACAAGAAAUCUUUAAUGUUAAAAAUCUGACUAUUAGAGAUUUAAUACGUAUGCAAUAUAAAAGUCAGCAACUUAAAUGA